AUGACGAAAACUCAAUUAAAAAUUCUUAAAGGAUAUUGUCCGAACAAACAAAUUUCGCAAAUUCGUUGCACCAAGUCACACCACUGUGCUUCUGAUCAGAUAUGCCUUAAUGGUAUUUGCUGCACCGCUACCGGAAAUGAACAAAACUAUGCAUGUGGUGGGACUACGGCUUUAGGUCGUUGUGAUAAUGGAUUUUGUCCGAGAAAUACCACGUGCACAGCCUCAAGCUAUUGUUGCGAAUGUCCCUUUGGCAAACACGGUGGUCGAUGUAAUCAGGGUGUAUGUCCAUCUGGCUUUCAGUGCUUAUCAAAUGGCUAUUGCUGUCCAUAUUGUGGACAUAAUCAUAAUUUAUACGGAGUGUGCAUAAAUGAUGGUUGCAGUGAUAAUAGCCAAUGCCACCCAGGCAACAUAUGUUGCCAAAGCCGAACCUAA